AUGUCUGCAGAAAAGAGGCUAGCCCACGACUCUCUGGGGUCUGUACAACUUGUUAAGCGUCAACGAUCAGAUAGCAAUCUAAACCAGAGUGCCGUUGCUAUAUCAAGUGGCACCGGGAAGAAUGGCUCCCUUAUACAGUUUGUACCCCGGACAAGUGGCCUCGCUGCUCCCAUAAUGGAACUUACAGGCCAUUCUGGCGAGGUCUUUUCUACCCGAUUUGAUCCUGCAGGUCAUCUUAUAGCUUCUUCAGGAAUGGACCGAUCUAUACUAUUAUGGCGAACAUACGGCAAUUGCGAAAAUUAUGGUAUCCUCACUGGCCACAAAGGUGCUGUUCUCGACCUGCAGUGGUCGCGCGACUCAAAUACCUUGUUUUCCGCUUCCGCAGACAUGACGCUGGCGAGUUGGGACCUUGAAUCAGGCACACGCAUAAGGCGCUAUAUGGAUCACACAGAAAUUGUCAACUGUCUAGAUAUCAGCCGGCGUGGCCAGGAGCUCCUAAUUAGUGGCAGCGAUGAUGGGAGUAUCGGUAUCUGGGAUCCUCGCCAAAAGACAGCUAUUGAUUACCUUGAAUCUUCCUCCGCAAUGCCCGUGACUGCUGUUGCCAUCUCUGAAGCUGGGAACGAGAUAUAUGCGGGCGGUAUUGAAAACGAUAUACACGUCUGGGAUAUUCGGAAGCGUGCUGUCACAUAUUCCAUGAUUGGACAUACAGAUACAAUUUCCUCUUUGCAGAUUUCCCCGGACUCCCAGACCCUCUUAUCUAACUCCCAUGAUUCGACAGCACGGACAUGGGAUAUCCGUCCUUUUGCACCUGCAGAUCGUCAUAUUAGAACUUUCGAUGGAGCGCCGACAGGCCUCGAAAAGAAUUUGAUUCGUGCCAGUUGGGAUGCGAAGGGUGAGAUGAUCGCGGCAGGCAGCGGGGACAGAAGUGUUGUUGUGUGGGAUGUCAAGACCGGAAAACUACUAUACAAACUCCCUGGUCACAAGGGAACCGUGAAUGAUGUGCGAUUCACGCCGGCCGAUGAACCCAUCAUUGUAUCUGGCUCAUCUGACCGAACGGUUAUGCUUGGCGAACUUGGGAAAUGA